AAAUAACACAAGAAAACGUUACAAUUAAAAUCAAUUAGUUCUAAACCCUCUACUAGACACAAAAACAUUUAAGUUGAAGGUUGUUUUUUACGAAUAAUGGGCAUUAGGUAGAAUAUUAUUAGGUAAAAUAUUAUUGAAAAAGUGGUGUAAAGUUAUAGAGCCGAAUAGAACUCUAGCACAGGCUUUUGAAGCUGUGAGUGACGUUUUAGUGGCCGAUGGUUGAUGGAAAUAAAACUUCGAAAAUGGCCUAUGCAAAAUGACCUCGAGAAAGUGGCCUGAGAGGAGAUUAUGUGCCAGGUACUUCGUUUCUCAAGUCUGUAAAUGUGGGGCGAUGGAAUCAAACCUAAAUACGGAAGAUGGCGCAAAUGUGCGGAUUUCCUAGUUGCUAUGCCAACAAUUACGCUUCUACCUAGCAAGAGUUGGCGAAUAAUAACAUUUUUCUAACCGGUUUAGAGCGUUGUUUAGUCAUCAGUGAAUGGAAGGUCCUUGGUGAGUUAUCUAUGUGUUGUUCUUGACGACAUGGCAAGUGACAGCAUUCAACCUACCAUUGAAUCUGCAAGACGAAUUCAUUCUCAUAUAUCGGGGAAGCUUCAUAAAGGUCAUGGAAUUGCAGCAGCAUCAGCUUCAAUUCCGAGUAAAUACCAAACUAUCGUGACUGACAACUCAGAUAAGAAGGGGUUCAAUUCAAGAGCAAAAAGAUUCAGCUCAGAUUAUUAUGUGACAGACGCCCCAGGCCCUGGUAAUUAUCAAUGCAGACAUGAUGCAAUUGAAAAAUUUUCAACAUCUUUCUCAAAAAAAGGAACUGGAACAUUUGCAUCCAAGACAAGGCAUCGGACACUCCAGCACAUGGAUGCCACACCAGGUGCAGGUUCUUAUGAAGUUCCAUCAUACUUGCUUUCCAGAAAAGAUUUCAACAAAGCAAAUUCCAGUUCUUUUCACUUGCCAAUAGCAAUAAAAAAGGAUAAUAUGUUAAUAAGCAGAAGUGAUGCACCGGCACCAAAUGUCUAUACGAUUAAGGACUAUUCAUCUGCGAAAAACACAGCAAUAGCAGCUGAGGCUGCUUUUAAAUCAAGAACAAAGCGUCAAUCAAUACAAACAGGAAACACCAGGAUACCUUCACCGAGUCACUACAAUGUACAAGACACCAUAUUAAAACCAGGAACAAAAGCUCCAGUUUCAUGCUUCAGAUCAACAACACAACGAAAUUUAAAUGAACAUAUUUCUAAAGUUCCUGGACCAGGAACAUACAAACCAUUUCAAUCUGUAACACCACCAGAUAAAUUGAUUUUACCGAGGAAGCAUUAUCUCUGCAUAAGUGCACCUGCGAUGCCAUUGCCAGCACCAGUUGAAAAUCCAGGACCAGGCGCAUAUGAACUUGUUGACUAUGAAGGGCCACCAAAACAUUAUAUGUCUUCCAGUGCUUUUGUCUCUAACACAUCACGGUGGUCUUUCGGACAAUUACAGACUAAAGAAAACCCUGGCCCAGCCACAUAUCGUCCAGAAAGAGUCGGAAAACAAAGUUUUAUAUACAAUGCAAACAAUCGCUGGAUACCUUUAUAGUGUUUUUUAUUCAUUUUUUAUCAGAAUGGAAUAGGUUUCAGAUUUUAACUAUAUACAAUUCUUGUUCAGAUUUUUCAUCCUAGCAAAUGAAGCUUACUGUAACAGUGUCAUUUUUUUUUAAAUAAAAUUGCAAUUUAUAGUAUAUUAUGGUAUUACCACGAAAGCACAUGUAUGAUUUUUUUCGUUUCAACAUUCAGA